GCAUCGAAGCUGCCACCAUUAGAAAGUCGUCGACACUCGAGAGGUGUGGUUCGCGGUCCGGAGGACAAAAAUUACUCUUCAAGUACGGAUUAUCCGGUGUUCCGAUUUUUACGUUACCUCAAAACAUCAAAAGCGAAGCGUUUGAUUGCUCGGGUGUCAGGAUCGCGCGAUAUAACGAUCUUGGAAAAUUUUCGGUUCAAACUUAAUGCUCGUUAAUCGCGAUUGAGAAUAAUAAUAAUAAUAGCCGUAAUUCGGUGUGAAAUCGUGUCCGGUGUUGGGCUCUAUUUUCGUUUUCUUCUCGUCCCCUCGCUUUCGACUCCGUAACAAGUUUUAGUGCGCGCGUGUCUGUGAGAAAUAUCAGUCGCUGUGGAGGGUUGCAAUUGUAACGGAAGAAUAUAUAAAUUGAAAUUAAUCGGCGAAGCCUCGAAGCCCGAAAAACGAAGAAAAAGAAGAAGAGAUUGUUUGGUCAUCGCCGUGGUUGCUCGUAGAGCAGCAGCGAGAGCAGAAGCGAACUCGGAUUAUUAUUACAAGUAUCCCUUUGCGCUGGAGCGGCAACGUUGUUACGAUCGGUACGGUCAGUGGCGACGCCAUUUUGUCGUGAAACGUACGGAUUCGAAAGUGGAGCUUGGUCUUCGUCGACGACGUCGUAUUAUCGUGCCGUGACCACACGCUAUAUACCUUGCACCCACACACGCGCACACAUACACACAAACAACGAACAACGAACACGAUUAUAUUUAUGUGUAUACGAGUAUUUCUAUGCGAGUACACGUGAAAAUAUAACCGUGUGUGUGUGUGCGUGUGCGAAUAGGAAAAAACGUGCGCGCGCGCGCGUGCCUUUUUUUCUCGUGAAUCAUCGUAAUCUCCGGAAUCAUCAACGUGGAGAAUAUACGCGAGAGACACUGGAGAAAAGAAGGAAAAAGAGGAAUAUUCUACCGAGCAAUCGCGAAUGCUUUAUUUAUCGGGUCGAGAAAGUUGAAAGGGUUUAAUAGACAUUCGUUUCUCGAAUAAUCCUCGACGGACGAUUCCGCGUUAUUUUUUUUUUGUUUUUUUUUUUUUUUCGUUUUCAACAGACCGCGCAACGGGUCGGCGGAGUUGAUAAAAGAUUGGGAAGUGUGAAAAAUAUUUGGUAAUAGGAAAAAUAAUAAAUCCACGAUGAGACUGGAGAUCGUGUCGGCGGCGGAUUUUCUUGUGCAUUUGUUGCGUCUGCAGGCUGGCCAACUGUCGGAACGUCAGCUCGAAUUGUUUAAAUCAUCGUUGACCGAUGUGCUGAGGCGACGUUAUCGGGAUCACUGGUUUCCCGAUCGGCCGAAUCGCGGCUCAGGCUAUCGGUGCAUUCGCAUCAACGGCAAAAUGGAUCCGGUCAUAGCGCAAGCCGGAGCCAACGUUGGGCUUUUGCCGACUUUGUUACACACGCUUUUCCCAACUGAAUUGACCAUGUGGAUCGAUCCCGCCGAGGUCUCGUACAGAAUCGGCGAAAACGGCUCGAUCUGCGUACUCUACGAGAGAAUCGGCGGCCCCGAGAUCGACGAUAUUCCUCCGAACCCCAUGCAACAGCAUCAACAGCAACAACAACAACAACAACAGCAGCCGCCGCAACAACAACAGCAACAAUUCGAGAGCUGCAAGGACUCUUUGAUCCUCGAGCAUGCGCAAUUCAACGAACAAAUCGCCGCUUUUGUCUCGAGUUGAACAACUUUUGAGAAAUUCGCGUUGCGUCUGCGUCCAAGCGAAAUGAAAAAUAUUACGAAGAUUCAAGAGAGGCGGAGAGAUUGAAGACGACCGUGAAACAUCACCGCGAUAACAAUAAUUAAUAAUGAAACAAAAAUAUUAAAUAAUAAAUAUAUAUAAUAAUAAUAAUAAUAUUGAUAAUAAUACUGAUAAUAUUAAUAAUAAUGAUAAACAUCACCGCGAGUAACCCGCCACCGUCUCUCGACAGCUGAGAAUCAACAUUUCUUUUGUUCGUUUUUCUCUUUUUCUCUCGCCCUCUCGUAAAAUCUCGCGUCGCCUCGGAACGUCGCACACGCGCAGAGACGACGGACCUUUCGUUACUUUUUUUCUUCUAUUUUCUCCACUCUUUCGGACUGUGCGGAAACAACAAAGGUGUACGCGGGUGGUGUGUGUAUAUACUUAUACAUGUGAGCGAGACAGCAUAAAAUACCGGAAGUCGCAUUUCCCGAAAUUGGUCCUCGAAGUGUGCGUCGUUGACAGCUACGUGCGCUCGCGCGCGUACGUUGAAAACUCCGAGAACUCCUCGUGGACUGUUUUGUUUCUUUGCAUUUUCCGAGGAAGAACUGCAUUUUUUCUUUCAUUAGUUGGAAGAAGUGGGGGGGGGGGGGGAGGAGCGAUCGUGUGAUGCUGUGUGACGUCAAAAUUCUGAAAGAUCGAAAGGACCUGGGAAUGAGGAGGGGAAAUGAAUUUAUAAUAAAAACGAUCGAACAUGAGGAAGGAACUUUUGAUCCGGUUACGCUGCGCGUUCGGGGGGAGCCCGAAGCGUCGAAACAUCGAGAAGCCCCGGGAGACAGAAGCCAUCGUGUUUUUCCCUUCUUUAUUGGUCCCCCCUCCUCGAUGCCCCGGCGGGCGCGCACUCCUUUCUCCGUUUUGUACGAGCUGGGCAACCCUGUUGCGCAGUCACCAUCGCGGAGCCUCCGCACUCUGCUUCAUCCUUGUUAUUCUCCAUACGUGCAAACGGCCCCCGUGUUACGAAGAAAUAAAAAGAGAGAAAAAAAAAAUAAAACUUGCAUAUGAUGUUCGUCGAUUCGCCGAAAAGAAGGAAAAAAAGAAAACGGCCGAAGAAAGAAGAAAUUCGAGUCCGCCGCGCCGCUUUUGCGUCAGAGCUCGCUCCCCCCACCGCGUCGCGCGACGCCCUUCUCCGAUUGGCGUGACCGUCGCUGCGCGACGACUCUCCGUCUCUCUCUCGCCUUUCUCACCCACCAUUUCUGCCGCUACGUCUGUCACGACGAUCCAAGAAAAAGCACUCUCCUCGAGAGCGUUCUUUUUCCUUUUAUUUUUUCCACUUUCUACUCGAUCGAUCGAAAAAAUCAUUGUUUUAUCUCUCCCGACUCGCUCAACUCUUAUUUUAUUUCCGUCAUUUGGGCGAAAAAUCAGGCGAAAAAAGUGAAAAAAAAAAGAAAAAAAAAGAAAAAACAGAAAAAACGUUUCGACAUUGAACGAGAAGGCAUCAUCUUCGUACUAUCCCGGUGAUUCGUACGAGUCAGUAUAUUUGUAAGCCUUGCCAAAGCAGCGAGCCUCCCUCAAUCCUGCUCGAAGGAGGAGAACAACACCGUGCUCGAUGAAAAUAUUUCUGUGUUUCCGAUCUCGUUCUCCCGCGGUCACAAAUGAUCUCAAACUCUUCAAAAGAGAAUUUAUAUAAAAGAAGAAAAAAGGAAAAAAAAAUGUAUGAUUAAUGUUACGAUAACUGACCGCUUCGGUACGAGAGGGGAAAACAGAAUGAUUGUCCCGUCGCACUCGCAUGAUCGCACACACGCGCGUAGGCACAGGCAGGCAGGCAGGCAGGCGGGCAGAGACAGCGACGAUGCGGGAGGCGAAAAAACAACUUGGGACGUUGAGCGCGCGCGGCGAACGAGCGAAACAACAUGGCCGCCGAAUUCUCAUCGCAUCGGAGACACCCGCCGAGGGAAUAAGGAGAAGAAAAAAGGAGCGCAAAAAACAAAACAACCUCGCUAUACACAUCGCAAUAUCGUGGCCAGUAAAUAAUAAUACGCUGCUCCAACGUCGGACGACUUAUUUUUCGAGGUGAUUCCAAUCGAGCCCCCGCGCAUGCCCGAGUCUACCGGUUCACCAUCGGGGCCAAACACUAAACGUACAAAAACGAGGCUUUUUCGAAAGAAAAGGAAAGAAAAAAAACGAAGAGGAAAAUGAGACCGUUAGUUCCUCCUUCGCAAUCCCCGCAAAUCAUACCUUUCCGUUUACGUUUUUUUCCUUUUCUUUACUUUUUUUUUUUUACCAACCCGAACAUCGAAACUUCCGAUCGAAACGGUAAUGCAACUGUCGAUUGUCAUUCUCGGCUUGAAAAAAACAAAGCCAAUGGGUUCGACCCCUUUCAUAUUUCGCAUUUGAGAUCCGAACGAAAAGCUUCGCUCUUCUCCAAGUAUUUUUCGAUCGGAAGAGGCGAUUGGAGGGAGCAGUGUCCGGGAGGAGACGAUCAGCACCGAGUUUCCAACCUCCGCUAAUUUCAUUUUCAUUUUCAACGUUAAAGUGUCCCGCCAACUUUUCCAUAGAGUCAAAUAUUUUCGAAAAUUUUGUCAACUUGUCAAACCUGACCAAAACUUUAACGAAUUCCUUCGAAUCUUUCGCUGAUCGUCGCUCCCUCGCGACCUUCUCGCCUCCCUCGUCCCUUGCUGAGAUCAAAAGAGUGCAAACGUUCGAAAACUCGAGAGAAAAAAAUAACAUACGAAUUAAGCGAGCAGAACGUUUAAUGAAAUAAAAAAUGAGUGUGCGUGCGUGUGUGCGUUCGUAACGAUUAGUCGACGAUGUGAUGAGAACUUGAUCGUGUGAUGCAUUUUUUUCUGAUCAAGUGCAUUUUUUCCCUGUUUUUUGUGAAUCACUAAUUUUUUCCUCUCUUUCUUUUCUUUUCUUUUUUUUUUUAUUUUGUUUUUCUUUCCUCUCUCGUGGCGUAAAACUUGUCGCGUUCCGAAUGAGAGCUCUGCGCGUAGCAUUUAGUUAACCGUGUCUGUGAUUAUGAUUAGAGAAGCCAGGUAAUAAUGCGAAGUAAAAAAAAGCGAGAUAAUACGGAAACAGAAGAAAAAAAAAUGGACGAGAAAAGCCGACGAUCAGAUUGGAGAAUACGGAGAGACUUGUACUGUGUGUUACAAUUCCGACGAGAAAGGAGAGCAAGCAUAAAAAACAAAAAAAAAAGAGAAAGAAAUGAAAAGGAAAGACAUCGGUACGCCCACGUUUCUUCGCGACUUCGGGACGUUUGUUCUCUGCACAAUUUCGUUGACCUCGAUUCGAGUUUCUCGAGAAUAUGGGAAGCCCCCCAUUUUUUUUUAUAUAAUUUCUUCGCAUAAAUACACACGUGCAUACAUAGAAAUAUAUAUAAAGAUAUAUAUAUAUAUAUAUAAAUGCGUACAUAUAUGUUUACAUCGAGUGGAGAGAACGAGAAAGAAAAUGAGACGUGAUUAUUGUACAUAUUUAUACAUAUAAAUAAUAAUGAGAACGAAUUAUCUCUUCCUUGAUGAGCACGUAGCAACGUCGAGGGCAAUAAUAUUGGUGUCACGCAUCGUCUAAAAAACUUGUCGUUUCAAACGAAAAAAAAUUGAGUUUACGAUCAUGAUCGCAGCCAGAGGAUUUUCGACUGAAUAAACCGAGUUGUUGUUUCAACGUUUACCCGAAACCUCGUUUUGUCACUCACUCGAUUUAGCGUCCUUUCGAAAUUGCUACGUGUUCGGUCGUGCGAACGUUUCAAAAGUUGGAAAAAAGCAUCCCUGUGAGAGGGAGGAAGGGGAGGGUCCUUUUUCCCCUCGAUUGCACAUUUUUUGGCGUCGGUACCCUCCGUUUUUUUCAAUCGAUACCAGUCGAGUUUUCCGGCAAGGUGAGAACGGGUGGGUGGGGGAGCAGAAUGUCGCGUCAUUUUAAGAGUUUCGCGAAGAGAAUUCGGAGGGAGAAGAAAAACACGACAAAAAAAAGUGUGUUGCCCGAAUAAAAACGAUCUCGUUGAAGAUGAAAAAAAAAUAACGUUUUCUUUCAUUCAAGAUAACGAAAAAAACAAACAAACAUUCGAUCAAAUGGAAUUUAUGUUUGUACGUGAAAUUUAAGAAAACAAAUACAUUCGUCGACAGUGAGAAUGAGAGGGUGCGUGCGUGUCUGAGAAAAAGAUUGGGAGAGAGAAGAUAAAACACGUUCGUUUCGCAAUGCAAUAGAAAACUACGGUCAACGUUCGAAUGAAAAAUUUAAACAAAUCCCCAAAUUUUCUUGCUCCCCUUUGCGUUCUUUUUUUUCCCCCUCCGUAAUCAUGAAUAAUCGAUUUAAAAAUCAACGUCUCAUCAGAUUGUAAUUACAUCGUAUGUAUAUAUAUAUAUAUACACAUAUAUUUACAUAUAUAUUAAUACCGACACACACACACGCGCACACACACACACGUAUACACACACACACACACAUACGCGCAAAGAACUAGAGUCCUUCAGGAAAAGAAUUUGUCCAAAUCCGCUGUGUGUGUGUGUGGGGGGGGGGGGGGGAGUCGCGAGAAGAGAGAAAAAAAUUGAGUGCGAUUUAAGCAGCAGAUAAAAAGCGAUAAGAGCAAACACACAAAAAAAAAGAGAAGAAGAAUAAAUAAUAAACGAGUCACUCCUCCGGCAAGUCUGUGAUUUUAGCUUGGUUAAUUCAGUAUUUUUUUAAAAUAAAACACAAAAAAAAAGAAUGAAAAAAAAAAACGUAAAAAAAAAAAUAGAAAAAAGAUAAAACAAAAAAUCGAAAAAUCGAGACAAAGUCGACAACAAUAAAAUGUGAGAGAUCUAAAUGAUAAAUAAAUGGUAAAGAAAAAAAAUCGAAAAAAAAAACAGAAAAACUAAGAGAAAGAAAAAAAUGCAAGAAAAUAACGUACGAAGGUGAGCACGGAUGGUUCGCGCUAAAGACACGUGGGCUAGGUGGGCAACGAGGCGAGAGAUAUAAAGGUCAGUUCGAAACUGGCAUUUUGGUACGGUGUUUGAAUGAAAAAACGGAAUGAAAAGAGAAAGAAAAAGGAGUGAGACACGGCACGCAGGACGAAGGGGAAGGAAAACUGAAAAAAUGUCGCAAGUUAAACUGAAAGCAAAAAAAUAUUUUCACUCAAUUUCGCCGAAUUGAGAACAAUAAAAUUGUACAUUCGUCUAUCUUUUAUCACUUAUGAUUCUCAAAACGAGUGAAUUAUUCGCUCGAGCGAGGUCGUUCAUUUUUGUACAUUCGUCUUUUCUUACCUCGUUUUUUUAUUUGUACAGUCGUCAUUAAACCGUUCACACAGAGAGAACGUUUCGUUGUUCAUCAAACAGAUUCUAUCGAUGGUAUCGCCAUUCUUCACUAAUACUGUUAUUUAAUAAUGAUAUUAUUUUCCAAAUACAUAUAAAUUAUAUAUAUGUAUAUAUGUAAAAAUAUACGUAUAUACGUAUAGAUGAAAAAAGAAAAAUUGUACAUUGCAUUUUGGUGCCACAUAAAUUGGACGCUUUUAAGGAUUCGAGUCGGUCGCAAGCUGCUGUGAAGAUGGAAAAAAAAAAGAAGGAAUUAAAAUAAGCAAAUUGUACAAUAAAUGAUGACGCGACGCGUCAUCGGGAACAAUAUUAAAUUCGUCGUAAUAACGGGCGGCAAUCAAUCAAAUAUUUCUUGACGUUAAGAAUUUUUCCCCUUCUGCUUCGUCCGCGGCACACAAAAGAAGAAAAAACAGCACCAACCACCACACUCGAAACAUGUGUCUUCUUUCGUUUUACUUUCUUUUGGUUUGACGUCCCGCGCGGAGAGAAAUUUCGAGAUAAACGAAAAAUAUGAUUUGUUCGAUAAUUGCGUUACGGUCUGAUGAAUGCGCGCGUGUAUGUGUGUGUCUGGCGAGCACCGAGCGACCGGGAAGAAAAGAGUUUUGUAAUCGUACUCGAAAAGAACGCGUGUCCAUUCAAUUCGGGAAUUAAAAAGUGUUUAAUUCUGAGGAUAUUUCGAUCGUGAGGAAUCAAGACGGACGGAUAUUUGAGCAACUUUAUCUCGUGGCUCGAUUUUAAAAUGAUAUUCAAUCUCCUUCGUGUACGUGCAUUUAAACAGAAAAUAAUCAACACUCGUUCGACGAUUAUUCCUAAUCGCUUACCGGACAAAACGAUUCUUAUCGUCGUGGAUAAAAUUAUAGUUCUAUAUUCGCAUACUACACACACACACACACACACACACCUUGGAGGAAAAAAGGGCGAAGGAGACACGAGUAUUUUGGAAACGAGCUACGAGAUUGAGAGGCACGAAUUAUGAUGGGGAAAAGCAUAGCCGCAAAGACUCGUAUAUGUUAUCUAUAAUUAAAAGAGGAUGAGAAAAAAAAAAGAAAAGUAUAAUUUUAAUGAGAAACCAAUAUUGUACACUGGAGAUGAAAAAUCUAUUGGAAAAAUUGUAUAAAAAAUGUUGCUGUGAAGAUUGAGAAAAAAUGUAACGAUAUAUGAGAGUCGAGUGAAAAAUGUUUAUUGUCAUUGGAAUAAUUUUUUCAACAUACGAACACUGAAUCGCACAUUUAAAGAGAAAUUUCAAUAACAGGUGUACACACUCGUUCACGAGAUUCACACACUCUUAUAUACAGAAAUAUCAAAUGACAGUCACAAAGAUGAAAGAGAGAGAGAGAGAGAGAGAGUGAGAGGAAGGAGAAAUGAUGAAUGAAAGAAAAUUGAAUCCCUAGACUCGUAGGUUCACUAUUAUUAUAUAAUAUUAUAUCUAUUAUUAUAUCAAUGUAUAAUUAUAUUUAGUUUUUAAGUUACCUAUGAUUUCCCGCUUGUACAUACGCCGUGAGUUCGAAAAAAUGAUAAACACAAUGUAAGAGAAAAAAAUGGAUUAUCUUCAACGAAAUAAUGAAGAAAAAACGUGGAGAGGAGGGAGAUAUGCUGAUGAAGGAGAAGAAAAAAACGAAGUAUAAUUUUUUCGACUGUUUUUGUACAGAGAUAAUAAAAACAAAGGCCUCGUGCUUAUGGAAUUUCACGAAUAUUAAAAGAAAACGUAUGAAAUGAUAA